AUAGUCAUAGAUCAGUAUAAGUAGCCUUACUAUUCAUCCAUAUAUGUGAGAUAACCAGUAACCCAAUAACUGAUUGAUGUACUAUAUUAUUUGUCUUUUCAUUCGUUCACCAAGGCAAAUACAGCUACAAUGGUGAGGAGUACAAUGCUACCGCGUCAACGGGAGGUGCACAAUAUUGGAAGUGCAGACGUGAUGUAGUGAAGGCACUCAAACUUGACUCGCCCUGCCCAGCCAAGAAGUGCACCUUCGACGGCGUGUGGAACGGCGGGGGCGGCCCCGGCCAGGCCAACCUCUACGCCGCGUCUAGCUUCUACUACAUGGCCUCGCAGGUUGGCCUCAUCGACAGCGAUGCUCCAAGCGGGACAUCCACCCCAGCGGCUUUCAGAGCCGUUGCCCAGAAGUUAUGUAGAAUGAGCUUGAAAGAAGUGAAGGUUAAGUACCCCAAGGUCCGUGACGUCCCUACGUUUGCAUGGACCUCAUCUAUCAAUACUCCUUGCUCGUCGAUGGGUUCGGUUUGGAGCCCACCAAGAAUAUUACACUCGUGGAGAAGGUGAAGCAUGGGGAGUACUUCAUUGAAGCGGUGUGGCCUAUCGGAGAAGCUACUGAGGCCGUGGCACCCAAAAAAGGUACUUGACAAUAGAUGCCCCAUGAUACGCCUGACUUUCCUUACAAUUAUUGUUUUUUUAUAAAGGACGUUUUUAUUAUCUCAAAAUGUAGCAUCAAGCGGAUAUAAAAAGCAUUACGAGUAACAACUGACCUUUGCAUAACUAAGAUGCACACAACCAAACCUCAAAAGUCUGUCAAUAAUAAAUAAAACUAAACUGAUAAAUCGGCAAU